AAUCAGGAGUUAACUUGAUUUAGUUCUUCAUUCCUAAUGCACAGGUGUCUUACGGUCCUCGACCAUGUGGUAGACUUAGAAAUCCAUUUUUGGGGCUGGAGAGAUAGCACAGCGGGUAGGGCGUUUGCCUUGCACGCGGCCGACCCGGGUUCAAAUCCCAGCAUCCCAUUUGGUCCCCUGAGCACGGCCAGGGGUAAUUCCUGAGUGCAGAGCCAGGAGUAACCCCUGUGCAUCGCCAGGUGUGACCCAAAAAGCAAAAAAAAAAAAAAAAAAAAAGGAAAUCCAUUUUUCAGUAGGAAAGUGGCCAUGUUAAUCUUAAUAGCGAAGAGUAUUAAGGCUGCUGAGGUCAACUUUGCUCUAUUCAUUCCAGAACCUUGGCAGUAUUUCAUAUUUAUUGCUUUUUCACAAAACCCCACGUUCAUGUCAAGCACUAACCUAAAGAAAAUUCUUCCUGCAUUCUAAAAUUGUGAGAGCCACCUGACCUUGUUGCUUCCCUUAAUCUCAUGGUUUACCUAAGGAAAUUUGCCCCUGAGAAGAAGACAUGUGCUUCCAUGUAGAGAUGUCGCGGGUAUGAAAUAGUAAAAGCACAUUGAUUCAUUUGGGGCUGAAACUUUCUGCUCUUACCCAAUUGGCAUCAUCAAACCUACAGAAUUCAGCGUAGUAGAACAACUCCAAAAGUGCUCCUACACUCUUGCCCUGAUUUCUAAGCCCAAUGUGUAUCUUAUUUUGUUAAGAACUGUGGUUAUGCUUGAGAUACGGAAGACAAAAGCAUGUUAUCACUUGAAUGAGGCUGCCCGAAAAAUGUUACCAUUGGAUAUUUACUGUCCUUGGGAAGAGAGCAGGCCUGGACAGUUCCUUCCUCAUUCUGAAGCUGAGGAGAAGACCCCACCAUUGAGGGGAGAGGUGCUACUUCGUUGGUUGCUAAUCAAGUAUAAAUGGCUUGAUUCAAAUAUAUCGCAAAGAAUAAGAGUGAAGCAACGUGGUUUUAGAGAAUCUGUUACACAUAAGCUUUUGUUAGAUGAGCAAAAGGUGAAAUACCCAAAGAAUGAAACUGAGUCCAUGAGAAGAGCAACUACAGAAUCAAAGACAUUUAAGUUUUGAGCCCUAGUUACUGGCUUUUUAGACUCAGGGUAAAUUCUUAGUAAAUGGCAGUAUACAAAUAAUAGUAUUUGUACCCGUUUAAAAAAAAGAAAAAGGGGCACAAGUUAGAGUGAUAAUGAGUGAGUGUGUGUGUGUGUGUGUGUGUGUGUGUGUGUGUGUGUGUGUGUGUGUGUGUGUGUAAAACGGAUUAUAUUAGGCAGGGGUGUCAUGAGGAUUAGUGGAUAGUGACCUUGUUGCUAAGUGCAAAACCAAAACAAUGACAUAAAAACAAGUAUGCAAGGCACUGAGUGGAGGAGAGAUGGAGGCAGACGCUGCAGGGGGAAAAAAAACUGAUUAAAAAGGGGCCUUUGAUUCCACAGGCACAAAAAUCCAUAGCCAGGAAUUUGCUGCCACCUCUGAGUCAGGCCUCGGGUGGGGGUGGGGUGCACAAUCCCAUUAGUAGAGAAUGCCCAGUGGAUUUAGCCUGAGAGUCACAUUUCUUACUUGGACCAGUGUAGACAGAAGUGAACUCGGCUCACUUGUUUCCCGGGACAGUGGAGUUAGGGAAUGGCCUUUGCAGAGCCUCCACCGCUGACCCCUGUCCGCCGGGACCUCUGUAGCCGUUCUAUCUGGCUAGCAAGGAAGAUCCGUUCAGACCUGGCUGCCCUUAUGGAGUCUUAUGUGAAGCAUCAAGGCUUGAAUGAGAACAUAAAUUUGGACUCUGUGGAUGGGGUGCCCAUGGCCAGCACCGAUCGCUGGAGUGAGCUGACCGAGGCCGAGCGACUUCAGGAAAACCUCCAGGCGUAUCGCACUUUCCACGCCAUGCUGGGCAGGCUGUUAGAAGACCAGCAGGUGCACUUGACCCCCACUGAAGGUGACUUCCACCAAGCAAUACACACCCUCCUGCUCCAAGUUUCCGCCUUCGCUUACCAACUGGAAGAAUUAAUGGUGCUCCUGGAACACAAGAUCCCCCCCAGUGAUCCUGAUGGGGUACCCAUUGCCGGAGACGGUGGUCUCUUCGAGAAGAAGCUGUGGGGUCUCAAAGUGCUACAGGAGCUUUCACAUUGGACGGUGAGGUCCAUCCAUGACCUCCGAGUCGUUUCUUCUCCUCAGACUGGCAUCCCAGCACAUGGGAGCCAUUAUUCUGCUAAUGACAAAAAAAUAUAGCAGUUUCCCUCAUCUCUCUUACCUUUUAAUGGGAUGUCAGUUCUGUGAGACCCGCUUUCACAGGACCGUUGAAAACUUUUAAGAACUGUGGGUAUUUUCCUCAAAUAGGAUUGAAAACAUGAACGUGUGUUUGUAUAUGUGUGUGUUCAUCAAACAUUGAAAGCAUGUGCAUAUGUGCAUGCAUGUAUGCAUGCGUGUGCGUGCCUCUGUGUGUGUGUGUGUGUGUGUGUGUGUGUGUGUGUGUAGUGCUCUAACCUUUUCUACCCACUUUUUAACUUUUGUAGGCAUUUAACAGCCUCCUGGGAUUAAUAUAUUUUUAACUCUAUUUCUUCUGAGAAGACUGAAAAAUGAUGAACUUGAAGUCAUGGAUUCUUUAGCCAAUUCAAAUUCCUGGAUAAUAAAAGUAGUAACUAACAUUUAUUGAGUGUAUAAUAUUGAAGGAAUAUGACGAGGACUUUAUAUUAUUAUUAUCACAAUAUUUUAAAGUAGGUAGCAUUAAUCUUGUUUGACAGAUAAGUUCAAUGAAAUAACUUGGUCAGAGUUACGCAGCAAAUGGCACACAAAGUUGGAACCCAGGUCUUUUUCAUUCCUAAACCUAUAUAUCCCUCACUUUAUGAAUAUAUUACUGUACACUGUUGCCACAGAGGGUCAGAAAAUGUAUUUAUAUAAUCCAUUUCCAACACUGGAAAAAAAAAAGUUUUUUUUACCAUGUCACAAUAAUGGUACAAUUUUUUUUUCUUUUUUUUUUUUUUUUGCUUUUUGGGUCACACCCAGCGAUGCACAGGGGUUACUCCUGGCUCAUGCACUCAGGAAUUACUCCUGGCGGUGCUCGGGGGGCCAUAUGGGAUGCUGGGAAUCAAACCCGGGUCGGCCGCGUGCAAGGCAAACGCCCUAGCCGCUGUGCUAUUGCUCCAGCCCCAGUAAUGGUACAAUUUUAGUUUUAGUUUAAAGACCGUAUUUGUUGCCCUAUUGUCAAGAGAAGAGUGAAAAUAGUGAUAUUGUGUUUUGGGGGCCAAGAGAGAGAGUACAGGGGGAUAGCGCACGUGGCUUGCCUUGCAUGCAGCCAUCCAGGUUCCAUUAGCACCACAUAUGAUCCCCUAAACCCUGACAUGGGUGAUUUCUGAGCACAGAGCCAGGAGGAAGCCCUGAGCAGAGCCAGGUGUGGCCCAAACCCC